CGAGCCCCGAGGCAGUCUUUCCUCCCAGGGGAUUGGAAUUCCAACGAUUUUGUACAUAUCAUUUUAAGUUUGGGGGUAAUGGCCUUAAUUUACAAUUAUUUACCAUUCAGUGAGAUGUAGCUGCCGAAAUGGCAUUUCUAUGCCCUGUGAGGAUAAGGAGAGGGAAGAAGAAGAAAGCUGGCUCCACUGGUGAAUUGGAGAAAGAUGUCGUGCGGGCGCCAGGGAUGGGCCGGAUCACCGGUAGUGCCUCAAUCGAGACGCUUGUACGGGUUGGUAUUGAAAAGGAAAAUGGCCUCUCCCCAGAUAGCAAGAUGGUCGUCCUGCACGACUUCACACCAUGCGUAGACGAUGAAUUAGAAGUGAAAAGGGGUCAGGUUGUUAAUAUUUUAUACCGUGAGAACGAUUGGGUGUACGUCAUCGCUGCUGAGAGUCGACAAGAAGGGUUUAUACCACAUUCAUACUGUACGCCUUUCAACUCUCAACUCGGAGAGCUAGCCCUGAACAAUGUCAAAAAGAAACUACCUCGUAACAUCGCUGAUGGAGAUGCCGAAACUCCAGUCGAUACAAGACCUGGUGGUGGUGAGACAUCUGAUUGUGAAAGCUAUGGGAAAAAGGUUGGAACAUCCACGAAUCAGCAAACUCAAAAUAUAACAAGCUCUCAGGCAUCUUUGCACAGCGCAUCUUCCUCACAACCAGACGUUCACCCAUUUUUUAAGGAUCCCUCAGGACGGUUUGUAGUCUUAUAUACUUUUAUAGCUAGAGAUGAAAAUGAUGUUAGUGUUGAAAGGGGUGAGUUUGUAACAGUCUUGAACCGCGAAGAUCCAGAUUGGUUUUGGGUUAUUAGGUCUGAUGGGCAAGAAGGUUUUGUUCCUAGUGGCUUCGUGUACCCUGCAGAUGUUAUUCAAGGUCACAUAAAUCAAAUGAACAACAAUCAGAAUGUUCGAAAUGCUAAUGUAAAUGGAGCGGCAUCGACCCAAGGUGCCGCUCAUCCUAUGACUCCAGCAGCAAACGAUGAUCUUCGAUACCAUGGAACGGAGCUUGUUAUGUUAUACGAUUACAAGGCUCAGGCCCCGGAUGAUCUGUCUGUAAGGCGCGGCGACUGGAUUUAUGCCGAUUUAAACAAUCAAACUGUCGAUGGCUGGCUUUGGGCGUAUGCACCCAAAACAAGGAAGUACGGGUUCAUACCCAAAGCUUACGCAAGACCCCCUGCGAUGACAAGCCUCUAACCCUUUCAAAACACUUAACAUUGAGUAACCUAGUGCUGUACAAAAAAAAACAUUCCACUAAUAAUUUCUAAUCGUUAAGAUGUAUAGGUUUAAUAACGUAAAUUUUAGUACAUUCAGUUGCCAUUACAUCUAUUUAAAAAGAACUGGUGCCAGGGAGUAUAUUUAAGUAUUUAUUAUAUUUUAUUAUCGAUUUAUAUUAUUCGCUAUUUCAAUUUAAGAAAAAAAACCUUAAACCUUUGCAGUUGAAGUUGUUCAACAAAGCAGAAAAUCUAUUUAGUUUUGCUAUCUUUAAGUAUGGCUGGGUUCUAAUGUUCCAAAUGAAGUUUCCUUGGGGGUCAACAAAAAUCAUAUAAUUGAUCCCCUCUGAGUGACAUUCAAAUUUGAAAUGCAAAUUUAUCGGUAAAGAAUCAUUCAAAAUAAUUAAUAACAAUAAGGGUUUCAUGAUUGCGAUCUAAAUUUUACUUUUUGUGGAAUGGCUUUCAUUUUCAUUAAUAUUUAGUUUAUCAUCACUGGUAAUAUUAAAACCUUUAAGCCAUUUCUUUGCUGCGAUGAUUUUUCUUCCACUGUCUGAAGCGCUGUCAUAAUCAAUAUUUUUCAUUACUACUUGCUAGAUCUUUUAGACAUUUAUAAAGUAUAUAAAAUAUAUAAGACUUGCUGGUUCGUAAGGUAAUGCCAAGUACUGUAAGACUCGGCUAUAAUCCCACAUUAUUUAAAGAAAGACCACCGUUAUUGUUGUCUUAUCCACUUCAAAACAAACGUAGUAUUAUUUACACUGCUAUACCCAUGCAUAGUACAAGAACUACUUUAUACAUGUCAAAAACUGAAACGUUGGUUACUUGGUGACACUCGUUUGAAAAAGGUGGCCUCAAAACAUUCGUGACGUUCCAAACAUCACGUCAAUAGCAAAACUAAACUGGCGGCUGGGUAGAUAGAAAUAAAAGAAAUUCAGCCCUUGACCAGUUGGUUGACAUUUUCAAAAUAAAGGAUACAAAUACAUAACCCCUAAGCGCUGAGCAGAAAUCAUGUAGAGAAGUUAAGUUCUUUGUAGUUCAUACCUGUAGUGAGAAAUCAUAAUGUGGCUGCCAAUCUUUCAUGUGUAGUGAUGCUAUCUGUCAUGACUGUCUUGUUUUCUAAUCAAGGGGCUAACAAGCUGGAGUAAAUAUAAAUAAGACGUUUAAUUCAUCCUUAAAUGUUCUUCCAAUCAGCGGGUUCAAGUGAAAGCUCUUUCACCAAAUUGAUGGGGAUAUUUGGCUUCUAUUCAGGAGCCACUUCAUACACCAUUUCCUCUUCGGGUUUUUGCUUUAUAUAUA